AUUUUUCUUGUAGAUAUGACGCGAGACAGAGGUAGAGGUAACACAACUCGUGCAAGCAAGACCUUAAUUACAGGUCAAGGUAGCACAAGUCAAGUUAAUAUGCCUACUGUUCCCAUUCCCAUAACUAAUUCACAUCAAGGUGGUAUCAAUUCUUCUGCUGGACCAGAUCAAAAUAACCAAUUUCAAACAUUAGCUCAUACUAGUUCGCCUCUUGUUCAAACAUCAGCUCAUGGUAGUACUCCAUUUGUUAAUUUUGAAACACCUCCUGUAAUAUCUAAUCAGAGCAAUGCAAUAGGCGAAAGUGCGUCUACUCAAAGAAAUGUGAUAAGGGAGGCGACUACAUCUAGCCAGAACAACACAAUAGAUGAAGGUGAGGGUAAUAAUAAUUUUGGACAGCAGACACUUGUUUUUAUUUCUCAUUCCGGGAUAUGUGAGUCUUUCAAGAGUGAACUUGAUCCUAAUGGAAUUAAUUGGAAAAGUGUCUCACAAGAAAUAAAAGAUUUUUAUCGCGGAGAAUUCAAGAAACAAUUUUAUUGGAAUACUUCCAUUGAUAGUCAAGUGAAGAUACUAUGGCGUAAGAAGGCAAUGAGAAGGUACAGUGAUUUUAUUUCUUGCAUAAAAAAGGAAGCAAUUCGGCCAAAAUAUGUUCCAGAAGAAACAUGGGAAAGUUGGAUGAGAUUUUGGAAAGAUCCCAAGGUUAUUGAAAAGUCAAAAAUAAAUUCAAAAAACCGUUGUGGUGGUCAGAAUGUUGUUGCAAAGGGGACUCACACGGGAGGCUCUAUUACUAUUGGAGAGCAUCGCAAGAGACUUGCUAUUGAAAAGGGUCGAGAUCCAACACCGAUUGAGUUACAUUUGCAUGUCCAUACACAUGGUCAUGAUGGAAAAUCUUUUGUUGGUGAACGAGCUCGAAAUGUACUUGUUUAUCAAGCUACUGUGGAAGCUGAUGGAGACAAGGGGAUGCUUGAGAAAGUUAUAAAGUCUUUCAAUUUGUCUAUACCUCCCCGCGAACUUCAAAAAGAGGAUCCUAAAUAUGUACUUCAAUCUGUUAUGAGUCAUUGGCUUCCAUUGUCCGAUACCAUAUUGUAUAUUGCUGUCAAACACAUGUUUGAUCAUAUAUCUGCUCAGUCUUCCCGUUUGAUUUCUUCAACCUCAUCUCAGCCAAACACGCAUAUGACUCUUGUAACUUCUACUCCAGCUAAUGUUGAUGAGACUCAUGCAUCAGUUUCGGAUGAAGAUUAA